AUGGCAGCACCCAACCGGAGGAUUGAGCAGGAGGAUGCCCGGCACGUCUGCUUCUCCAAGCGCCUCCUGGUGUUCUUCAGCAAGGCCACCAGUCUGGCGUUCCUCACCGGUGCCCAGGUGGCCACCCUAUUCUUCUCGCCCGGUGGCAACGUCUUCUCCUUCGGCCACCUUAUCGUGGAACGCUUCCAUCCGGGGGAGGGUGUGGGUGCUGACGCGAGGGAGGAGGGCUCUGUCGGCGAAGUUAAAAAGCUGGAGCAGCUCCACCAGGAGUUCGACGAGCUGCGCAUCAAGCUGGUUGAGGUGAAGAAGCGCACCGAGCGCAAGGAGUUAGUGGUUUGGGUGGACCUGAACGUGCACGACAUGGGCGACGAGGACAUGUCGGCCUUCUUUGCCGCGCUGAUGUGUAGAAAUUUGCACCCCAACCAGGGGUUCGCGUCCGAGAUUAAUAGGCAGAAGCACAUGGUGAUGGAGGUGCCUCUAGCAGAGGUGGUCACCGACGGGAUGGAUAUGCAGGAGAUGCCUCCGCCGCCGGGGUUCGCCGCAGGCAUGGAUAUGGAGGAGAUGCAGAUGGCGAUUCCUCAGCCGCCAGGGUUGGACGAUGAGAUGGGGAUGCAAAUGGCGAUACCGCAGUUGCUUAUGGCGAUUCCUCCGUCACCGGAGAUCCCUGUCGGGUUGGAGACGAAUGCCGGCUUCCCGUUCCCAUAA